AGAGAACAUGCUUCAUUAAUGGUGCAACGACAAAGCAAAGACAAGAAAGAUACAUCGUAUUAUGGCCUCCUUCAGCAUCCUAACAUUGACAAGGUAACAUUUGGUAACUAUCAGUUUAAUACCUGGUAUGGAAAUGCAGCUUACUUUAGUAAAAAUGAUCAUACCAUGUUAGGAUACCAAUAUAGUAAUAAACUAGCCACUGAUCCAACCCUACGGAAACGGAAAUUGGAAGAUGCGAAUGAUGUGUGGUUGGACAAUUUGUAUGUUUGUGAAUAUUGCUUCAAGUACACUGAUGUUGAACAGGAAAUUAAUGCGCACCUGGUUGUAUGUUCAUACAAGAAGACACGACCUACUGUGGGAAGACUAGUGUAUUACGAUGACAAGUAUAUCAUACGAGAAGUACGUGGGUUUCAAGAUAGACUAUUUUGCCAAAACUUGUGUCUAUUUGCAAAGUUAUUUCUUGUGGAUAAGUCAAUUUACUACAACAUCGAUUACUUCAACUUUUACAUAAUAUACGGGUAUGACAGUGGUACAUACAAACCGAUGGGGUUUUUCUCCAAGGAAGUACUAAGCUAUGACAAUGAUAACAAUCUAGCAUGUAUUUGUAUAUUCCCACCAUAUCAGCGGUUAAGACUCGGCUCUAUGAUGAUUGAGUUUUCAUAUGAGUUGGCAAAGCUAACACCGGGGCAAUUAACUAGUGGACCUGAAUAUCCAUUAUCACCAUACGGAAAAAUAAGUUAUCUACGAUAUUGGUCGAAAAAGUUGGCACGAAUACUACAUGGCUUAACUGAUAACGACUCAAUUACUAUUAACCAACUUUCUAAACAAACGGGGUUCAGAAAAGAAGACGUCUUGUUCACAUUGGAGUACAUGAAAUUGAUACAGUAUAAUCCACGAGGAGAUACAAAACUAUCGCUAGCAAAUCUAAACGACUGGUGCUUGAAAAACAACUUUGAUCCAAGCAAAGAACUCAAAAUGAUAAAUCGUAAUUGUUUGGCUAUAUAAAUCUAUCUAGCAAUUAACGUAAUUGCAGAAAUGCUCCAAGUAGUACUGAAGAACUCUGUUCUUGUCGACUCUUUUCAAAAACAUUCCAAAAUCGUAACGUUUCAUCUCCAGCUCCGGUAACUAUAGUUUCUCCGUCGGGUGAUAAUGAUAAAUAUAAUACCCGAUAUGUAUGUCCAGUUAAUUGGGCAAUUUGUUGCAUGGAAGGGUAUUUCCAUACAAUUAUUUGAUUACGAGAAUACCCAUGGGUUGAUACAAGUUCAUUGGAAUUCUUGGACCAAAUCAAAUUACAAACUUGUGAACCAGUAUUGACAUCAUUAACUAAGUUCCCCGUGAGAGUGUUCCAGAUCUUAAUUGUCUUAUCGGCAGUACCACCUCCCGACGCAAGUAUGCCUCGUUGAUGAGGUGACCAGGCAAUAGCCUUGACAGCGGCAGUGUGAUCAGUGAAAUGAUACAAAGGCGUGGGAUUCAAUCCAUCCCACACAAAUAAAUUAUUAUCAUUACCACCACUAGCCAAUUUAUUCUCUUCGACAUUCCACUUCAAUCCACAAACUUCUUGUUUAUGCAGUUCAAACUUAUUAACAUAAUGAUCCUCUAUACGAACAUCACGGUUUAAAAUACUCCGGUCUCGACUACCACUCGACAAUAUAUGCUCAUUCCAUGCUAAUGAACUGACUCGAAGUGAAUGUCCACUCAUGGUCCUAAUACACUUAAUCUUGGUGGCAUCCCAAAUCUCAACCAUCCCUUUCAAAGUCCCGAUUGCUAAAUGAGUACCUGACCCAAUCCAAUUCAAACUGGUGACUUUAUCCUUGUUCAAAUUGCAUAAUCGAUCCACUGAUUGAGUUGAUCCAUCCCAUAGAUAUACGGAAUCACCCAACCCCACAGCUAAUAUAUCUUGAGCACCCCAGUCAACAAGGUUUAGAUAGAAAUCAUCCAGCAAUUCAGGAGCAUCAAGGACACGAUACGGUACUUUUGAAAUCGUUCUUGGCUUCUUUUGGGGAGACAACAAGAUUUUCUGAGUAUCAUGCCGUACUGGGGAUAAUGAAUACAACUCUUGUUGCAAAUCUCGAGAAAUUGGUCGUGACUUUUGUGGGGAUUGGUAGGUGAAUAAAUUGACUUUACGUCGAGGUGUACUUGUUACGUCAUCUGUGUCAGCAGCAGUACCAGAGGCAGCUCCGGCCCCUACAUUUGGAGUUGAACUUGCACUGGCACUUGAUC